GGUUGUCAGUUAGUUAGAAAGCACUAUGCAAAUAGAUGAAGGUACACACAAGAGUUAUCACGUGUGUGUGUAUGUGUGUGUGUGUGUGUGUGUGUUAAUUUAAAAAAGAGUGGGUGGAUUAGCUUGUUACGUUGAUUAAAGUAAAACCCUUAAAACAAUCUGAUGAAACUGUCUUGAUCAAAUGUCCAGCACAGUUAACCCUCUGCAGUCUAACCUGCUGCUGGAAUCAGAAAUAUUUUUUAAAUAUCUGUAAUCCUUGAAGCAUUGUGUUAUGCUGUGCUUUUGGAGAACUGCAAAGGGAACACUAAUGUUGAUACCUUUAAGACUAAGGUUUGAUUCAGGCUUCUGUGAGAAAUCUUUGUCAGAUAGAGGAGGUGGCUGAUAUCCAGAAAUCCUACCAGUGGCUGGACAAAGCUGGACUGAAAGACAGCACAGAGGCACUAAUCAUGGCAGCACAAGAACAGGCUCUGAGUACAAGAUCCAUAGAGGCUGGGGUCUAUCACACCAGGCAAGACCCCAGGCUGUGUAAAGAUGCCCCAGAGACAAUCCAGCACAUAACAGCAGGGUGCAAGAUGCUAGCAGGCAAGGCAUACAUGGAGCGCCAUAACCAAGUGGCCGGCAUAGUGUACAGGAACAUCUGUGCCGAGUAUAACCUGGAAGUCCCGAGGUCAAAAUGGGAGAUGCCCCCAAGGGUGGUGGAGAAUGACCGAGCUAAGAUCCUGUGGGACUUCCAGAUACAGACGGACAAAAUGGUGGUGGCUAACCAACCGGACAUAGUGGUGGUAGACAAACAGAAGAAGACGGCCGUAGUGAUCGAUGUAGCGGUUCCGAAUGACAGCAACAUCAGGAAGAAGGAACACGAGAAGCUGGAGAAAUACCAAGGGCUCAGAGAAGAGCUCGAGAGGAUGUGGAGGGUGAAGCUACAGAUGGAGCCAGAGCUGCAGUGACAGUCAGAACUCCAGAAAACCACAAAGCUAUGAACACACCGACUCCACAGCAGGACUUCACCUCAGACGUUUUCUCUGAAACACAUGAAAGUUCAUGCAGGACUGUAGCAGGACGCCACAUACAGCACACUGGAUACACACAAACAUUAAACACAGUCUAAACAAGGACACAAUAAGAUCUUACCACAGUAACGCACGUCGAUCUGAUCACGGGUCACGUGGCCCAUCUCCUCCUGUGUGGCUACACAGUGGAAGAGGCUGCUGUUUGUCCUGGUCACCGUGGUGAGGAGGGUGAUGUCAUAGCGCUCUCCUGUGUGUGACACCUGUGGGUCCUCAGCAGGAAGGAUGUUUCCAUCGCUGUCCCUCCACUCUACUUUAGGCUUUGGAGAAGCACCUCUGACCUCACACUUCAGCAGCGCCUCGUCCUCGCUGAUGUUCAGGAUCCCAACAAACGGCUUCGGAGCUGCACCUGUGAACACAGCAUGAAGCUGCAGUUACAGCACAAAUGUGAUGCUAUGCUCUCUGACAGGGGAUUUCUUUAAAUCACCCUGCCGUUCUUCAGCUGAGACGUCUGAGUCAGAAAACACAACACUGCAGUUUCUUUUACUCGCGAGGACGGUCACAGAGCGCUCGCACAGGAGACACUCAUGGACUCGCGCUUUGUCACCGUCUGCGUUCUUUAUUUAUACAAGAUUGUUCUGUGUGUGUGUGUGUGUGUGUACAAAGAUAACAACGUUAUUCUCAGAACUCAGAGUAGUACGCAGUACAUCUGCGUAUGCUGUGAAUGAUAAACUCAUCAUCUGUGAAAUUACAGCUUCUAAACAAGGAAUAACUCAAAUAGAGAAAACAAAAUAAAACCAGGGAAAACAGUCAACAGUCUCUAUAGCAUCUGAAGCCAUGUUUGAAGAAUGUACAUUAUCUGGUAUGUAGGUGCAGCAUGUGGUGUUGAACAAUCCUCCUUUCUCAGCCAGGAUCAUGUGCAGUGCUACACGAUGUUGCAUUACAGCAAUUCUGAGAGCGUCUAUUUCUUGAUUUUGUCCCUCGUUGACCUUGCAGCAUGCUUUGAGAAACAAGCCGAAUCCAUAGUCCAUUAUCUCACUUCUGAGAGCAUGUUUUCCAACUCCUGCCCACAGGAAGAGUGAGUUGAGUAUCUUUUAUCCAGUUGUCCAGAGUUUGAAUUCUUCAGGUACGUCGGUUCCCCAGAUUGAGUCAUGUGGUCUGACUGUUGAAGUUGAGCGUUUCUUCCUGGAUGAGGAUGAUGAUGAUGUUGUUUUUACAAAAGUCAUUCUGAAGGUGUGAUCGGAGAUCAGAAUUAGUGCACCUGUCCCAGGGUGUUUCCCAUAUAUGGUUGUGUUACUGUGCUCGGCAUGUGCGAGCAGACGUAACAGUCUUUCUCUGUGGUUUUGUUAAACACAUAUCUGUAUCAGGCAUUUUUCAUCCAAAGAUGGAUGUGAUCUUGUGUCAUGUCCAUUAGGUGUAAGUUGUUGUACGUCCAUCUUCUCUUUCUGCCUCGUGGCUCGGCUGCUGUUGGCAUCGGCUGGGGUCCUGUAAGGGUGAGCCUUGUAGUCAAGGUAACCACCAGGGUUCCCCUUCACACGUACACCUGGCUGCCUAAAGUUGAUCGGAUAGAGAGCGGAGUGCGGGCUUACCCCACGGGGGCCCAAGAAUCGCACUUACCACCCUCACCCCCGAAACAACCAGGCGUAGGCGCUUCCUCCUUGGUGUCGGGGCUUCCCGGGACCUCAACCUUUUUGCAGUGGCUCUGAUGUAUCCAAGAUGGUCUCUCUGCAAUUUUACAGGCUAUGGGUGUUGUCAAUAGCACUUGGUUUCAACCUGCAAGAGACUGGAGAAGAGUCUUACGGCAGUUUAUUGUUCAAAACAAUAUCCUUAUUUUCUAGUAGUUUUGCCAUCCAUUCUGCCAGAGUUGUUUCUCUGACGGAUUUUUCUAAAGGUUCACUUUUUGCAACUGAGAUUGCAUUUUUUCCCACUGGAUAAAUCUCUGGCCAUUUUGAGAAUAGUCUAUAAUCACUAGAGCGUAUUUUGAGCCUUGACUUUCACUUAGUUCAAUAAAGUCCAUGUGAAUGGUGUAAAAUUGAUGAGGUGGUGUGGGGAAAUGUACUCUCUUUGUCCUCAAAUGGCCUUGUGAAUUGUGUUUUUGACAGAUCAUGCAUGUCCUCACAAAUUCUUUUACUGAAAUUUCAAAAUUUAGAAUAUAAAAGUGUGUAUUAAGGACCUGGACUAUACCCCCCUGAGGACAUAUGGGUCACCCCAUGUGUCACUAAUGCUGCUGUUCUGCACAGGGACUUAGGAAGUAUUGGUUGUACUUCACAAGUCAUCAGAUCAUUUUCUAGUCGUGCUCCACACUUUAACCAUUUCUUCUGUUCUGUAGUUGGUGCGGCUAUUUGUUCAUCUUUAAGUACAUCAAGUGGUAUUUGCAUAGAGGAUGCAGACAUUAAUGUGUCUACAGAUUGUUGUGAGGCUAACUUUGCUGCUUGAUCUGCAAAGUUAUCACCUUUAGUUAUUUCUGAUUCAUCUUUCUGAUGUGCAGCACAUUUACAUAAUGCUAACUGUUUUGGCAAUGUAAUCACUCCUAAUAGUGUUUUCAGAAGAAGAUGUGCAUGCUGUACUGGAUGUCCAGUAGAUGUAAUCACUCCUCUGUUCUGCCAAAUUUUUCAAAGUGACGCUGCUGAAAAAACAUACUGACUGUCAGUGUAUAUAUUUAUAUCUUGGCCUGCGUGUGUGAGGAUGUCAACGGUUUCGCUUCCGCAACUCUGUCUGUUGUAGUUACUGCAUAGCCGAUGGCUACUUUUAGACGCUGAGUCGUCUACAAAACGUCAGUGGAACCAGCUUGUGGUGUACAGUAAAUUGCAGCUCACGGCUUUGUCUCCUCAUCUAGUUUUGUUACACAGCAGUGUAGAUGACCUUCUUCGGGUGAGGCCAAAGGUGUGCUCGGGUUCAACUGACAUCAUUUAUCAAUUCUAAUCUGUGAUUGCGACAAUAAGAUUCCAACAUUUUAGAGUUGUCUCGCAUGUGUGAGGUAAGACAAAGUGGCUUAGAUUAAAAUUGAAGUCACUAAGUAAACUAUAUUCAUCUGUAAUGCUAGUUUCAAGUUACUGAAUGCUUCUUCUGUUUUAUUUCUUUUUUGGUGCAAGACUACAUUUUGACUUAAGGCAUUUAGGUCAUUUCUAUUUUUUCAAAGAACUCACACAUCUCACAUAUUUCAAACUGCUAAGUUAGGAUUUGUUUUUGUUUGUUUUUUUGUUUUUUUCCCUUUGCCUUUUUUAAAAACUUCUUUAUGUGAACUGUGACACCCACAAGUGUAUGGUCACAAUAAUAAUUUUUUUUGUGAAUUGUUUUGAUGUGAAAGACCUGAUUUUAUGGUGGUAUUGCACUUGUCAUUUAGAGUUAUGGACAAUGUAAUUGCGUGGCAUUGCCACAAGGGGGAGAUAGCGCUGACUGCGAUAGGUCAUUGCAACGCUUCUGUGCCUCAGACGAGGAAGAGCCUGCAGACCUAACGCAACUGAUGUCUCCUGUCUCUGCUUUUCUGUUAAAAAUACAGGUUAGUACUUUAAGUUUGCUCACGGCAAUGUACAUAUAAAGGCAAGAAACCGUUUUCUGUCUUUGGUUAAAGACCGCAAAUGUUGUGAGAGAGUGUGUUUUCACCAACUGAGAGUAUGCUAACUAUAUCGCCAUUUGUAAUGGAAGCCGCCAUUUCACUCGUAGUCUAAAGAGGCAGCUGGUCUUAUUAUCUGUUUUAUUUUGUGGCAAAUGCAGCUCUUGGACACUUCUUUUAUCCUGACAUUAUUUGAAGUUAUAGUUUAUUAGAACCUACCCAGUUCUUAUGUGUCAAAUGUAAAUAGUCUGAUGUAUACUGUUUGUGGACGACUGUAAACUGUUUGUGAACAAUGCUAGAAUAUUUUUGUUUAUUGGUUACUAAUGUAAUAUAUUGUUUGAAUCUGUUAAAGUAUAAAGAAUAUAUAAUGGUAUAUAAGCGGGUUAAUUGCAGUGUUAAGGGUACUGCACAGAAAUGUUUUGAUGCUGAAUAGCAGUAGAUUUGAUUACAGAUUUAUUGUAAAUAAGGACACUCAUACAAUGAUUAGUUUGUAAGUUUAUUCUUGUGAGAGUGCAAGGUAACCAAAAGAGUUUGAGCUAUGGACUUAAUUGAAUGUGUUUUGUUGUUAAAAGAGAAAUGUGUGUGUCUAAAUGAAAAGAGAAGGACGUUGUUAAAUUCUGUUAAUAAAUCAGACGAGGAAGAGCCUGCAGACCUAACGCAACUCAUGUCUCCUGUCUCUGCUUUUCUGUUAAAAAAACAGUUUCAAAACAGGCCCAUCGAAGGCCUGUAACAUAAUUUUGGUGGCCCGUACGGGGAUCAGCAUGCUACGAGGGCGACUGCUGAUCCUUUAAUCAACGAACCAGAGACGGUCAUCACAGGGCAGACGUGUUGGAACAGCAGACGUGCAACUGAGGCAGCAGCGGGACCUGUGUCGAGGAGGGAAACCCCUGCUGGAGAGGUGACGUGCUGCGUGUUUGAGCUGACUGCACUGUGAGGAUUUGCUAGCCAAAGAACACACAAUGGAGGACAGUGAAAGAAAAGAACUAGCUUGGCAGAUCAGAAAGAGUCUUUAUGCACUGACAGCAGAAGAACUCUUCCAGAUUGCUACAAACAUCACACCAGUACCGGAUGUGGACCCUGCAAGUGUAAGACGUGGUGAUGAGGAAAGUUGUUUUGAUUAUAUAUGUGCUUAUCUGCGCUGUAAGACAUUGCUUGACUUAGAGGAUCAGGGGUUUUCACACCUACUGUUGUUGAAAGAUGCUAUUAUUCAUCUCAUUGAUAGUCGUAUCGCUGAAGUAUCUCACCCUAUAGUCUCAGAGGAAAAUGUUGUUACUCUCACAACACUUAAGCACCCUGAACAGAGUGAUGUACUUACCUCAGCUAGAUUGCCUCUUGAGUCUGUUAGUCCACAAGUAACAGAGUAUGAAAUGCUAAAGGCUAACUAUGAGGCACUUGGUAAAAAGUUAGCAGAUUUACAAGUGACAUCUGCAACACAAGACACACCCACCCCCACCAUUACACAGCCACUUCAGCCUCGAGCUGAGAGCGUGACAAACAGUCACUCCACCACGGACACGCGACACUCCAGGCCUGAUCACGUGGUUUCCCUAAGAGACCUGCCAUUUUUGCAACGCAGAGAGUUUAAAGUACAUGGGGGUCAGGUUGGGGACAUUGCAUCUGACAUUAGCUACCAUGGACUGUGUAAGCAGAUUGAGGAGGGGCUCAAGGUGAAGCACACAGAGGGAGAGAUCAUUCAAGGUGUGCUCCGUAUUAUCAAGCCUGGACAGUUUAAGGACAUGUUGAUCAGUAAAGAUGACUUGACCCUCAUUGAACUCAAAAGCUUGCUACGUUCACACCUGAGUGAGAAGAGUGGGAGUGAGUUAUUCCAGGAAUUGUUGAGCACUAAACAACAUGACAAUGAAACUCCCCAACAGUUCCUUUACAGGAUGAUUGGACUGAAGCAGAAAGUCAUGUUUGCAUCCAGGCAGGAUAACAUGGACGUUGCGUAUGAGACACGUACGAUCCAAAAUGUGUUUCUACGCACCAUUCAUCAAGGUCUUCUGCCAAAAUAUAGUGACAUUCGUAAUGAACUCAAGCCACUACUUUCAGACUACAGUGUGUCAGAUGAAGCCUUGAUAAGGCAAGUGAACAAAGUGUCAAGUGAAGAGAGUGAGCGACAGCGAAGACUGGGAUAUUCCAUUCGACAAAAGGUAACACAUGCUCAUACUGCUCAACUUGAACCUGCUAAAGACACUGAAAUGAUUGACUGUAAAUCUAAGAGUAAGAAUAAAGUCAUAGAAGAGCUGGCUGCAAAGGUGGAAACUCUGACCAAAGUGGUGGAGUCUCUCACAGCCAGUCAGGCUCGUGAACCCACUUGUCAGUGUGCACACCCAAAACAGAAGCCCAGACAAACUGCAAAACAGUACGGCUGUCCCAAGUGUAUUGAAAGUGGGGUUACUUCAUGCACUCAUUGUUUUAUCUGUGGAGAGACAGGUCACAGGGCAGUGGGAUGUCUCAAACGAAACCAACCCAGAAGCUCUAGUUGGCCUCCUGCUGAAAUACACACUCUCAGAACCAGUGAACAGCCAGACCCAAAAUCACCAGGUACGUGCUCAGAAGAGUUUGCUCAUGUCAGAAGUAGUUGGGCGACCCCUCCAACGAAAAAUGCAGACACAGGGGCAAGUGAGAGGGUGGCACAGCUUGUUGGAAAAAAAUGUAAAAUCAAGUGUUACAUUCAUAGCUUUGCAGUGGACUGUUUAUUGGACACAGGUGCACAAGUGAGUCUCAUUGAUCGCCAGUGGGCAAAAACCUACCUCUCUGACCACAAACUCCGGCCACUGACAGAACUUAUUGGAGAUAAGGCUCUUAGUGUGCUUGGUGUUAAUGGCCAGCCAUUACCCUACGACGGCUGGGUGGGCGUGAUGGUGAGUCUCCCAGAGAAUAGUGACCCAAACUUGACUGUACAAGUCCCCUUUUUAGUAAGCAGUGUGCCCAUGGACUGCCCCCUGAUUGGUUUCAAUGUAAUUGAACAGCUGAUACUGGGGCCAAAUGCUAGUACAAACCUCAUACCCACCAUUGUGAGCCUCCUGCGCAGCGCAAUGAACCUUCAGGAUGACACAGCGACGGCACUGGUCAACUUCAUCCAGACCAAGCUUACCAGUGAUAGCGGCGUCAGCCAGAGUGUCCUAAAAGUGGGCCUGCAUGAUGUAGUAAUCCCAGCUGGUCAAGUUAAGUAUGUCAAGUGUAAAGUUUCCUCUACAGUUGACAUGUCUAACCCCCUCGUGCUCUUUGAACCAACUGAGAGUAACCCACAACUGCAACAGCUUGAUGUCGGCAACAGCCUCCUCACAGUUUGUGACGCCAGAGUCCCAUAUGUCAAAGUACCUAUUGGCAACCACACUAAGCACGAUGUGAUCCUCACUGGCAGAGCAGCCCUGGGAACUAUUGAACCAAUAGCAGGAGUCGUACAAACAGACUUGCCAAACCUCAGUGAGCCCAAAGUGACUCAAGAUGUCGACUCUGAUGUAUCUCAAAUACCCCAGCAGUGCGGUGAAGAUCAAGCAACACAGGAAUGGGAUCCACCUGUUGAUGUUAGCCACCUGACUGAAGACCAACAAACUGUUGCCAAGAAAAUGUUAAGGGAAGAGUCAGGGGCUUUUGCACGUGAUGAGAACGACAUGGGGUGCAUUCCCAGCUUGGAAAUGACAAUAACACUCAAAGACACAACCCCAAUUCAGAAAUCAUACACCUCAAUUCCAAAACCCCUCUAUAAGGAGGUUAAAGAGUAUAUUGAGGACCUCCUAGCAAGAGGAUGGAUUGUAAAGUCUAGAUCUCCUUACUCUGCGCCAAUAGUUUGUGUCCGGAAAAAGGAUGGCUCCCUAAGGCUCUGUAUAGACUACCGUCUCCUGAACCAGCGCACAGUACCUGAUCGCCACCCAUUACCAAGAAUCCAGGACCUCAUUGACACCUUGGGAGGUUACAACUGGUUCUCCAUUUUGGACCAGGGAAAAGCCUAUCACCAAGGCUUUAUAGCAGAAGGAUCACGUCAUCUGACUGCAUUCAUCACCCCCUGGGGCCUUUAUGAAUGGGUGCGAAUUCCCUUCGGCCUUACCAACGCACCUGCUGCAUUCCAACGCAGUAUGGAAGAAAUGCUGGCUCCCCUUCGGGAUGAGUGCUGCAUCCCAUACUUGGAUGACAUCUUGUGCUUCGCCAAGACUUUUGAGGAACACGUGGAAGGGCUGAGGAAAGUCUUGGGAGCCCUGCAGAACUACGGAGUCAAACUCCGGCCAACAAAAUGUGACCUAUUUAAAAGAGAAGUGAGGUAUGUUGGGCGUUUAGUGUCAGCUGAAGGAGUACGCAUCGAUCCAAAAGAUCUCGAGGCGGUGUACGCCCUGAAAAAGGAGACACCUGCCAUAGUGGGAGAUGUGAGGAGGAUCGCUGGGUUCCUGAGUUACUAUCGCUCAUAUAUCCAGGAUUUCUCGAGAAUAGCAAAACCCAUCUAUGAGCUUUUGCAACCCAAGAAAACCAAAGAGGAGCAUCUUCUGGGGAAAGUUACAGGACAGAAGGGGAAAGGUGCACAGUUACCAUCCAAAACACCAGUUGAGUGGACCGAAAAGCACCAGGGCGCCCUGUGUAAGUUGAUCGAUAUGUUGGUAAACCCCCCUGUACUUGCCUACCCAGAUUUUGAGCUUCCCUUCGUCCUUCAUACAGACGCAUCUGAUAAAGGACUUGGAGCCGUUCUCUACCAACAUCAGAAUGGAAAGCUCAGAGUGAUUGGAUACGGCUCCCAAACACUGACACCAGCUGAAAAGAAUUACAGACUCCACUCGGGCAAGCUUGAGUUUCUCGCCCUCAAGUGGGCUGUCUGCGAGAAGUUCAGGGAUUACUUGUUCUAUGCCCCGUAUUUUACCAUCUACACCGACAACAAUCCCUUAACUUAUGUCAUGAGUACCGCCAAGUUGAAUGCGGUUGGGUUUAGAUGGGUGGGAGAGCUAUCAGAUUUCAGGUUUGAUAUAAGGUACAGACCUGGAAAAGUAAAUGUUGACGCAGACACCCUAUCGAGGAGUCCCCUUGACAUUGACAGAUACGUCGCUGAAUGUACAAAAGAGCUCUCCAAAGAAGCUGUUGCCGCUACUUGGGAGGGAUGUGGAGCAGGCAAGGAUGGAAAUGUUGCAUGGAUCGCUGCUCUGGCUCUAGCACAAGGUGACCAGCUUGAACCAGUAAUCCGAGAAAUGGUCACGCCCAUCAAUCUGGAUGAACUACAAAGGGCUCAAAGAGCAGACCCGGCGAUUGGUGAGAUCAUGAAAAUGAAAGACUCAGGUCAAAAGCUGACAGAUGACAUGAGACGGAAUGUGAGAGGUCCUGCGAGGAAAAUGAUGCAUGAGUGGACAAAGCUGAGCUUAGAAGAUGGAGUUCUGUAUCGUAAGACUGCAGAAAAGCGUCAACUAGUCUUACCAGCUAGCUUCAAAUCCGUGGUCUUGAAACAUCUGCAUGAUGACAUGGGGCAUGUCGGGGUAGAAAGAGUUCUCAGCCUAGCGAGGCAACGGUUCUACUGGCCAUACAUGAGGCGAGACAUCGAAGCCUAUGUCACCCGGCAGUGCCCGUGCAUCAAACAGAAGAAGCCGGUGACACAUGUCCGAGCUCCCAUGUCCAGCAUUACCACAAGCUCACCAAUGGAAUUGGUUUCAGUCGAUUACCUCCACUUAGAGCCAAGCAGGGGCGGAUAUCAGUACAUCCUAGUUGUGGUAGACCACUUUACUAGGUAUGCCCAGGCCUAUCCAACCCGCAACAAGAGUGGCAAAACUGCAGCUGAAAGGAUUUUCAGUGAUUAUAUCCCCAGAUUUGGCUACCCUUUAAGGCUGCACCAUGAUCAAGGACGGGAGUUCGAGAACGAGCUCUUCCGGACUCUGCAACAGUUGAGCAAUGUGGGGCACUCUCGAACAACCCCGUACCACCCUCAGGGCAACCCAGCUGAACGCUUUAAUCGUACCAUCUUGCAGAUGCUGAGGACCCUGGGUGAAGAGAAAAAAGAAAGAUGGAGAGAAUAUCUCCCACAGAUGGUUCAUGCGUACAAUUGCACGCGCCAUGAAGCAACGGGUUACUCGCCAUUCUUUCUGCUUUUUGGUCGACAUCCACGAAUGCCAGUAGACCUCCUGUUCAAGUUGGUUACUGAUGGAGAACCACAAACUGCAAGAGGUUAUGCUGAGAAAUGGAAAGAACGAAUGACUGAAGCUUACAGGAUUGCAUCUGAAAACAGCCAAAAGUCAAGUGAUCGUGGGAAGAAACACUAUGACCGGCACUUGAAAGGAGUGAUACUCCAACCUGGUGACAGAGUACUAGUGCGGAACCUGACUGAGAGGGGUGGUCCUGGCAAGUUAAGGUCCUACUGGGAGAACACCAUUUAUGUGGUGAAGGAACAGAUCAAUGACAGCCCAGUCUACAGAGUGGCCUCAGAGGCAAAUGGGAAAAGAGUGCGUGUUCUGCAUCGCAAUCUACUGCAUCUUGUCAAUGAGCUUCCUGCGGACUUGCCUGCUGUAAAUAAAGGGGACGGGCCAUCCGCCGUCAAGAAAAAGAAACCAAAACCAGCUCAAAGAGAGACAGCAUUUCAACCCCACUCUGACACAAGCUCCGAUGAUGAUGAGAGUUCAAUGUAUUAUGAGUUGAGGUAUGAUUUGAGGAGUGGAACCAAAGAGGAUGCUCUACAUACCUAUAACCAUACUGAUGGACCCUCAAGGGGAACAGCUGAGUUCAGCAGAGUGGUUAACUGUGGAGCACCUCAGCCGACAGAAGCAACAGUAUUGGGGGAACGAACAGCAACAGAUGAAUUGAGGGAAACAGGAAUAGAACAAGAUGGUGGACACCAAAGCACUGAACUUGACAAUGACAUGGGAGAGGAGGAGCAUGAGAUUGUACGGGAAUCAGGAGUCACUGAAGUGCCUUUCACAGUCGACGGAGGAGAAGUGGGACUGCCGCUUUCAGAAAGGGCACGGUAUACGCCCAAUGGUGACCCCGCCGACAAAUGAAUCAGUUCUAAGAAGGUCUACUAGAGAACGACGACCUGCUACACAUUUCACAUAUGACACCCUUGGCCAGCCCUCUCUCCGGGUGCACCCAUCAGUCAGUUGUGCUGAAGUGCACGAGUCACCAAACACGACACACUACACCAUGCCACCAUAUCCCCUGUUACCUUACUUCCCCCUAGUGCCAUAUCGCAUUCCAACAUCUCACUGUGCACACCCAGGCACCUUCCCUGUAUAUUAUAACUGCCCAAUCUAUACAUGUUAGUACACAAGGAAUGUGGGUAUGUGGGAAGGGAAUGUGAUUUGAAUUGUUUGAAUAAUGAGUAUAAUGAGUUUUAAAGGGUAAAAGGUUAAAUGUCAGGAGCCAUUUUCUUUUUGUUGGGGAGUGUGUGACACCCACAAGUGUAUGGUCACAAUAAUAAUUUUUUUUGUGAAUUGUUUUGAUGUGAAAGACCUGAUUUUAUGGUGGUAUUGCACUUGUCAUUUAGAGUUAUGGACAAUGUAAUUGCGUGGCAUUGCCACAAGGGGGAGAUAGCGCUGACUGCGAUAGGUCAUUGCAACGCUUCUGUGCCUCAGACGAGGAAGAGCCUGCAGACCUAACGCAACUGAUGUCUCCUGUCUCUGCUUUUCUGUUAAAAAUACAGGUUAGUACUUUAAGUUUGCUCACGGCAAUGUACAUAUAAAGGCAAGAAACCGUUUUCUGUCUUUGGUUAAAGACCGCAAAUGUUGUGAGAGAGUGUGUUUUCACCAACUGAGAGUAUGCUAACUAUAUCGCCAUUUGUAAUGGAAGCCGCCAUUUCACUCGUAGUCUAAAGAGGCAGCUGGUCUUAUUAUCUGUUUUAUUUUGUGGCAAAUGCAGCUCUUGGACACUUCUUUUAUCCUGACAUUAUUUGAAGUUAUAGUUUAUUAGAACCUACCCAGUUCUUAUGUGUCAAAUGUAAAUAGUCUGAUGUAUACUGUUUGUGGACGACUGUAAACUGUUUGUGAACAAUGCUAGAAUAUUUUUGUUUAUUGGUUACUAAUGUAAUAUAUUGUUUGAAUCUGUUAAAGUAUAAAGAAUAUAUAAUGGUAUAUAAGCGGGUUAAUUGCAGUGUUAAGGGUACUGCACAGAAAUGUUUUGAUGCUGAAUAGCAGUAGAUUUGAUUACAGAUUUAUUGUAAAUAAGGACACUCAUACAAUGAUUAGUUUGUAAGUUUAUUCUUGUGAGAGUGCAAGGUAACCAAAAGAGUUUGAGCUAUGGACUUAAUUGAAUGUGUUUUGUUGUUAAAAGAGAAAUGUGUGUGUCUAAAUGAAAAGAGAAGGACGUUGUUAAAUUCUGUUAAUAAAUCAGACGAGGAAGAGCCUGCAGACCUAA